UUGUUACAAUAUUGUAACAAAGAGAUUUAGUUGAACCAGAGCCGUUGGCUCGUUUCGAUCAAAAUGAGAAUACUGCAGAUGUUCGGAUUUUUCGUAAUUUUCUGGCCUGCAUUUAGCGCAAAAGAAGAUGAUGUUGUAACACGAGGAUGCAAAAGUUUGGAAGCUACGACACCGCUGUUGCGCCUUAAAAAGCAUCUUUUUUGCGAAUAUGAUUCCACCGUCCGUCCAAGCCAUCAUAAAACAGCAACUAACGUGACUCUUAGGCUAAUGCCGAAAAUGAUGGAAUUCAACGAGCAGGGUAUAUUGACACUUCACAGUUGGAUGUCGUAUUCUUGGAUGGAUACGUUUCUCACUUGGACACCGAGCGAAUAUGAUGCGAUUACUUAUAUUCACGUGAAAGCUUAUGAUAUUUGGGUGCCCGAUCUGUAUGUCUACAACUCUGGUGAUAUGUCGAAUGAUGAAUACCCAACGUUCUACAAGACGGAUUGUUUGCUCUUUAGUACGGGUUCUGUCAGUUGUGUGCCGUCUGUAAAAUAUCUUGCAAAAUGCAAUCCUGAUUAUACCUAUUGGCCUUACGAUCAGCACACAUGUAAUAUCACAUUAGGCUCAUGGUCGCACACAGGAGAAGAAAUUGAUGUCACUCUAGAAGAGCCCAAAAUGGAUAUGACUGGCUAUGAGAAUAACACAGAGUGGGACUUAAAAUUUAUAAACGCAGAGAAAGUCGUUAUGAAGUAUAAAUGUUGUCCGAACGAUUCGUUUCCCAGAGUCGAUUUUACAUUUUUAUUGACUCGACACCACGACAUAAAUCAUAGAUCUUACAUCACACCGGCCAUCACUUUGAUAUUCCUCACCCUAACGGUGCUCUGGUUGGAUUCAAGAUCAGUUGAACGAAUAGCGAUCGCGAGUGUAAAUUUUAUUUGUCACCUACUUUGUAUAUACGAUUUGCAUUGGCAACUGCCAUACAACGGCGUAAAUCCUCCGAACAUACUGCUGUUCUAUCGCGAGUCAUUGGCGUUGGCUACAUUCACAUUAAUUUUGACGGCCUUGUUACGUAAAUUGCAAAAUAUGAGCAUGGAGAUGCCAAACUGGAUUUCUUCCACGACAACGUUUAUUUUAAACAAUAAGGCUGGUCAAUUCUUGGUCCUGAAUGAUGAGGAGUCCAAAAUAGCAGGUGGAGGAUUAGUGACUGAAGACAGCUCAGAUCUUCCAAAGUCCGGAAUGAAAAUGAAAGAAUCAUCCUGGAGACAUUUUGCCACUAUCAUCGAGUGGUUGUCAUUCUUCUGCGUGAUGCUUACUUAUAUCAUCAUCGUAAUCAUGCUUGUACCUUCAGGAGCUAGAAAUUAAUUCACUGUACAAUUAUAACAUUUUCUAUAAUAUUCAAAAUACUUUUAAGCAAUCUGUUUUAAUUAUCCUUUUGUGGAAGAUUAAAAUAAAUGUUUGCGUUAUUUUUAUAAA